UGUGUUAUUAAUUGCGAGUGGCGGUCAUUUUUCGUUGGCCACGUGUGAUAGUGCUCUCGGAUGAGAAGAAUCUAGGCGAGAAGAAGAAGAGGUGUGAUAGUGGAUGAGGCUAUCCAAUCCAUACCAAACAAAACAUGGCUGACGAUAAAAUUUCACCAGCAAAAAGAACAAAGACAAAUAGUGAUCAUGAGGAGAGAGAAGACGAGUUCAAUAAGGUGGAAAAAUCGCUGAGUCAAGUGGCGAUUACUGCGGUCAUUAGCACCCACAGCGCGGGAGGUGCUGGGCCCUCUUUUAUGGAAAACUCCAUGAAUAGCGAUGGGGCUAAAGAUAGCUAUUCCGAGAAUAGCUGCGAUGAUAACUCCGAUGAAGACUCUGAGCAGGACGGUGAUGACGAUAUGUCGAGGAAAAUAAAAAAAACGCUUUUAUUGGAUGGGCAAUUUUUUGUAGUUGACCGAGAAAAAUCCAGUUUAACAGGAGCAGUCUUGGCAUAUUGCAAUUCAUGUACUGUUCCGAAAUUGCUAUCAGGAUCGUUUCGAUCAACGUCAAACUUCUCUUCACAUCUUAAGAGAAAGCAUCAAGAGGAGCACGCGCGAUAUAAAGAAUAUGUACGUCUCAAACGUCAAGGUCGGGUAACUUCGAUCAUCGAUAGGAGACGUUGGUCGUGUCUUUUCGAUCAAAACAAGUUCGAGGAAAACGUCACCGAUUUCAUCUUGAAAUUCAUGUUACCAUUUAGAGUUGUGGAGGAUCCAGGUUUUAGAAAAAUUUUUGAUGAUUUCAAGAUCCAAAAAGGUGAUUCCCAAAUAAAACACCUGACGCGCUACACUCUAGGAAAGAGAGUCGAGGAAAAUUUAUCUAUAACGAUGAAUGAAAUCCGAGAUCAACUGAGACUCUUGAUUAAUGAAGGUGGCUUGGUUUGUACCACAGCUGACGUGUGGACAGGAGGAGCGCGCCGGUUUUUGGGAGUCACAGUCAGCUGGAUUGAACCUAAAACAUUGACAAGAAAGUCGGCAGCUAUUGCCUGCAGAAGAUUCCCCGGCACUCAUUCUUUCGACGCUAUAGCAAAUCUCCUCUCCAGUAUCCACACAUCGUUUGGAUUGACCUCAGAAUCCAUAAGAGCAACGGUUACAGAUAAUGCCAGUAAUUUCGAAAAGGCCUUCAGAAAACUGGGCAUCGAAGAGUUGGAUAAAGUUCUACCGGAAGAUGAAGUUCAAGGUGAAGUUCAAAGUAUCGAUACUGACGAUAUCAACGCUAUCGAAGAGUACUCGAAUCCAGAAGACGAAAUUGAUAUCGAAGAGGAAUUCAGCGAGGAGUGCCAAAAAAUACUACCUAGGCAUUGCAAAUGUGCUAGCCAUACCAUGAACUUGAUUGCGUCUACUGAUGUUCCAAAAGCAAUAGCUCGAAAUGAUCCAUUGAAACGAAAGCACAACUGUGUUUUGAAAAAGUGUUCAUUACUCUGGAAGUUGCUACGUUCUCCAAAAAAACGAGAAACUUUGAAAACUGAACUCGGAAUUGCAAUUCAACGGCCAGUCGUAACUCGCUGGAAUUCGAGCUACGACUGCUUCAAGCAAUUACUCGGCAUCAAGGCGAAGCUUAUUGAUAAAAAUAUGGAAGGCCUAACACAACCUUUCACGGCUGGAGAUUUCAACUACUUAGAAGAGUAUGUGCGAUGCUCAACUCCGCUUGCAAACGCUAUCGAUCUUUUGCAAGGAGACACGUGUUAUUAUGGAAUCUUAUUACCAACACUAGUAUCUAUGAGAUAUCAACUUAACGAGCUAUCGAAUAGCGAUGAUGUGACUUUCUGCAAACCGCUGAUCAAAGUCAUGAUUGAUGGUAUUAACAGGCGAUUUGAAAAAUUGUUCGACUUCACAGAGCUCAAUGUUGAUGCGGCAAUUGCUGCUAUCUCCCAUCCGCGAUUCAAAGGUCGUUGGCUAGCUCAAUUUAAUGAAGAUCAACAGAGACUGAUCCAUCGCCGGUUCGUAGAAGCUGUUUCUUUAGAAACGCUUACCGAGGCACGCAUUCCGCUCGAUGAAAAUCAAGAUGACGAGUUUCAAUUCGGGCCCUCUGCAGAAACUAUCGCCGAAUUUGAACCAUCUUUGUCUCAAGGAGAAGUGAAGGCAGAAGUGACCCGGUACUUAAAAAGCAAGGAGACCCAACUUGUUAUGUUAGAAAAGUUCCCGAAUAUUCGGAAAACUUUUCUAAAAUAUAACACCCCAUUGCCGUCUUCUGCUCCGGUGGAGAGACUAUUCAGUUACGCGACGAUGAUGAAUAUGCCGAAAUUCAACAGGAUUAGCGAAGAACAUUUUGAGCAAAGAAUCUUAGCUAAAGCUAAUCAUAAAAAAAAAUAUAUUUAAAUGGAUUCGUUUGUUACGAGAAUAUUCCUGGCUACCUAUGUAUUAAUAUAGUAAUGUGUAGAAAAUAAAUAUGAAGAUUCAAUGGGAAUAAUUUGCAUUAAAUCAAUAAAUUCAAUAGAAUUCA